CCUCAAAACUGGAAAACUGUCAGAAAAUGACUAAGGUAGAAAACUGUGUUGAGAUACCAACUUUGAAGGCCUAUAUCUGGAGUUUAGAGAAUGAUCUCGAGCUGUUUCAAGUUGGAGGUGAAAGAGGGAAUUUUCUUCUACAGAGGAAAGGAAUUGGUUGAGUUUGAAUAAACCUAGAAGACCAUUUUCGAAGGGCUCAAAGAUGCUAUGAAGCCUGUUUUCCUAGGCAGACUUGCUUGUGUUUUAAGUCAGUUUCUUGGCUUGCAAGUUACCUUGUUUUACACGAAUUCUUUAGCCUUUUCCUGUUCUAAUUAGUUUCCUUGUUCAUGUAGGGUUGUAUUAGGGUUUAAUGUCUUUAAAUACCUUUCCAAUUCACGUUGUAAAGAAGAGUUGAUUAAUCGAAAAGAAACCGUUUGGUUUGUUCAAGUUAGCGAACUUGUUUUGGGUUUGGUGGAUUCCAAAAUUGCUGAGCUUCUGUAUCGAUUGAAUAGUCACUUCAAUCAUGGUUGAGCAACUACCAUUCUAUACCAAUCGAGCAUUCCCCAGGUGUGGAAUCGUCCUUUUGGUUUCGUUUUAUCCAAGUUCGUAUUAAGAACGCUUUGUUCUUGAUUCGAGCUCAAUCGAUUUUUCGAUUGAGUCGUUAGCUGUGUGACUUUGAUAAUAUACACCCCCCAGGGGCGUAUUAAUCUGAUGAAUCCUGUCCUCGAUAAUAUCAGUCCUUUCUUCCGUCUCUUUCAAAACCACCACCAUAUUCCCGUCUUCGUGUCUUUGGGUGUGUCUGUUUUGUUGUUCUUCCUCGAUCUGAACGUACUAAACUUACCUCGAAGAUAGCUCGUUGUUGUUUUCUUGGCUAUAGUGACAUCCAUAAGGGCUAUAUGUGCUAUGAUCCUGCUGCACGUCGUGUUCGUAUUGCCUAUCAUGUCGUGUUUCUUGAAAAUCUGAUGUGUCAUUCUUCCUUGUUUGGUUCCAAUUCACCCUUAUUUGAGCUAUCCCUUGCUCCACCCUCCUUUCCGAAUGAUGAUGAUGAUGACGAUGAUGGGUUUAUUGAUCUCCCCACCGAUGGGCUACCCCCCGACCCCCCUCCCUUGACAACACCAUCUUCUCCCUGCUCGUCCUAUCCAAGUUCUUCAUCAACUGAUGUCUCAUCGCCAUCUCCACCUCCACUGGAGCCCCCUCGUCGCUCACUCCGUUCAACUAAGGGUGUUCCUCCUGCUCGGUAUAUGGAUGGAUUACUUGGCCUACAUAGUUGAUCCUAUUCCUGUUCCUACUCGUUAUUCACAGGCUAAGGGACAUCUUGAAUGGGAUAAUGCUAUGACAGAGGAGAUUAACGCACUCCAUGCUAAUCACACGUGGGACAUGGUUCCUCGUCCCCAGCCCUCUAUUCCGGUUAUUGGCUCUAGAUGGGUGUAUGCUAUUAAGGUUCAUCCGGAUGGUACUCUUGAGCAGUUCAAAGGCAGGGUGGUGGCCCAGGACUUCUGUCAGGAAUAUGGGAUUGAUUUUGAGUAGACUUUUGCUCCAGUGGCAAAGAUGGUUACUAUUCAUACUCUGCUGGCGGUUGCUUCCCUUCGUGGAUGGCCCCUUUUUCAGCUCGAUGUUAAGAAUGUCUUCUUGCAUGGGGAGCUCAAAGAAACUCUGUACAUGGAGUCGCCUCUUGGGUACGCUCAUGGUAACUCUGAUCAGGUUUGUCUACAUCGCCGCUCUCUCUAUGGCUUGAAACAAGAUCCCCGUGCCUAGUUCAAUAAAUUUCACUCUACUAACACUAAUCUGGGAUUCGAGCAGAGUCUUAACGACCCAUCGAUGUUUACCUAUCGAACGCCCAGGGGUCUUGUGGUUCUCUUGUUAUAUGACAUGAUAUGAUUGUUACUGGUGAUGAUGCUAUGGGGAUUGAGGCCCUUAGUAAAGGUCUUCAUGAUUC